AUGAUGACGGAAAGCACACACGUGCACAGAAAGAGAAAUAAAAGCUCGUUGCAAUUGUAUUUCCUUAAAAACAUAAGCGACUACAUCAAUUAUUCUCACUUUGAGUUGAUCAUUUCCACCUCAGCCCAUUUUUCCGCAGGGACAGAUCACUGCAUACAUGCCUAUUUAAGCCACGGGGCGAUCUCCGCCUAUAGAGAGCUAGGUGGCUUCAGUGCGGUACUUUCACAUUCUACUGGAGGCACUGCUCCUACCUUUAGCCCUAGAAGUCUGCUCUAA